GAAUAUGAAUUCCAUUGGAGGAUAACCACAAAGUUCCCAUUCACCAUUUUCUGGGCUCUGAUUGGGAGUUCCCCAUCUCUGUCUCUCUGAUUUUCUGUUUUUUUCUUACCAUUUAUGCUCUUGGGUCCGUAAAAGGACAGAUUUUUGGGAGAGAAAAAAAAAAAGAAUUCCCCAAAAACAAAAACAAAAAAGCAUUGUAGUAUUAGAGAAAGUGGGUCGGGUCCUCAUGGUUUCAGAUGAUUAUUACAUCUCCAAGAAGAGAGACGAUUUAUGCGAAGAUGUUUGUUGCCAGAGGGAUUCCCCCGGGGUAAUGAGUGUUUCAAGAUUAAAAUGCUUGGAUUUAAGGACUAUGAUCAUUCUGCUGGUGGCAGUCCCAACAUGUGUGGCUGCUAUAUACGUACACGGACAAAAGGUGACAUAUUUCUUGCGCCCACUCUGGCAGUCUCCCCCGAAGCCGUUCAUCCACGUGGCCCACUACCACCACGAGAACGUGUCGAUGGAGAGACUGUGCGCGCUCCACGGGUGGGGAAUCCGCGUGUACCCGAGGCGCGUUUUCGAUGCAGUUCUCUUCAGCAAUGAGGUGGACAUGCUCUCCAUCAGGUGGCAAGAACUGUACCCUUACAUCACGCGUUUCGUGCUUCUAGAAUCCAACUCCACUUUCACUGCCCUCCCCAAGCCUUAUGUUUUUGCCAUGAACCGCGACCGGUUUGGGUUCGUGGAGCCACGCCUGAGCUAUGGAACCAUUGGGGGCAGGUUCAGGAGAGGGGAGAAUCCGUUCAUUGAGGAGGCGUACCAGAGGGUGGGGCUGGACCAGCUUCUGAGGUUAGCUGGGAUAGAGGACGACGAUUUGCUCAUAAUGUCUGAUGUGGAUGAGAUACCAAGCAGGCACACAAUCAACCUUCUGAGGUGGUGCGACGAUGUCCCUCCUGUCUUGCAUCUCCAGCUGAGGAAUUAUCUCUACUCUUUUGAGUUUUUUGUGGACCAUGGAAGCUGGAGGGCUUCUGUUCAUAGGUAUAGGGCAGGUGAGACACGGUAUGCGCAUUUUCGUAGGACAGAUUACCUUCUGGCAGACUCUGGCUGGCACUGCAGCUUCUGUUUUCGCCACAUUAGUGAUUUUGUGUUCAAAAUGAAGGCCUAUAGCCACACGGACCGGGUGAGGUUUUCACAUUUUCUGGACCCCAAGAGGAUCCAAGAUGUCAUCUGCAGAGGAGCAGAUUUGUAUGACAUGAUCCCGGAGGAAUAUACUUUCAAGGACAUCAUCGCGAAGAUGGGCCCCGUUCCUCGUUCUUAUUCGGCAGUUCAUCUGCCUUCUUAUUUGCUGAACAAUGCUGACCAGUACAAAUAUCUUCUCCCUGGGAAUUGCAUAAGAGAAGCUGGAUAAAGUUCUGACUGCAGCAUAAUUUUGGUUGGUGAUCUUUUUUUAGCAGAAGCACUCUGAUUUCUUCUAGGUCAGUUAAACACUAUGUCAGCCUUUCUGGCAUUCGUACAGGGACGGGCUCUUCAAGGACAAAUGUCUUUCAAAAUCCUCAAGCAAAUACAAUGGCUUAGGCGAG